AUGGUUGAGGCGCAAGGGACGCAAGUGGAAGGCACGCGGAAGCAGCAGCGGGCUGAGGUGGCGCAGACAGAGGCAAUAGUAGUCCGGGCGGGCGAGUCUGGACUCUUCCUCACGGGAAUGCGCGUCGUGGUGGGCGGCUCGUCCAACAGCGUCGUCAAUAAGGUCAACUCACCUCAGGUCAACUCCCCUCAGGUCAACUUCCGUCAGGUCAACUCCCCUCAGGUUGAGGACAAUGUGAGGCGCGCAGGGGGAACGGUGCUGCCCGCUUAUGACCCCUCCUGCUCCCUUGUGAUUGUCGAUGACCUCACCAUGGUAACAACCGUUGCGACUGGACUGUGGUGUCUCCCCUUCCUUUGCCACCUGCACCCAUGCCGUGCAGCCCUCACAUGUCUUUUCUCCCCAGCAGAACACUCCAUGUGCGAGAACAGCGAGCGUGCGAGGGCAGAGAGCGUGCGAGAGCAGAAGAGCACGUGGGAGGGCAGAGAGCGUGGGAGGGCAGAGAGCGUGGGAGGGCAGAGAGCGUGCGAGGGCAGAGAGCGUGGGAGUGCAGAGAGCGUGGAAGGGCAGAGAGCGUGGAAGGGCAGAGAGCGUGCGAGGGCAGAGAGCGUGGGAGUGCAGAGAGUGACACCAAGUUUGAGGGAGUGGAGGCUGGUGUCAGAAGAACGAUACUCCGCCAGCCCUCCAGUGACACGUUCUCCCCCACUCCCUUUCCUGCUCACCAUUUCCCCCCUCCUUCGUUGCUGCUCACCAUUUUCCCCCACUCCCUCCCCUGCUCACCAUUCUCCCCCACCACCUCCCCUGCUCACCAUUCUCCCGCACUCCCUUCCAUACUCACCAGUCUCCCCCACUCUUUCGGACCUGCAGAGUGGAGAGGAGGCAGAACUGCAGCGGCUGCAGGAGGCAACAGCAGCGGCAGCAGCAGCAGUGGAGGCGCAGCUGCGAGGUGCUGCCUCGCAGGCCUCUGCCACCACGCCCGCAACUCAACGAGAUGCCGGGAAUGGUGGUGGUGCUGCUGCUACACGCGGUGCUGAUACAGGCGGUGCUGUUGCUGGUGCUGUGGGUGCUGCUGCUACACGCGGUGCUGCUGCUACACGUGGUGCUGCUGCAUGCGGUGGUGCUGUGUAUGGGCCGUCAGAGCGUGGCGUGGCAGGUGGUGACGUUACUGGCCAUGGUUCAAAGGAUCAUGCUGCCAACACACAUGGUGCCGGGGGAAAUCGAGUUACAAUGGGGCCAGAUGCUGCCAAUUCACAUGGUACUGAGGGAAAUCGAGUUAUUACAACAGAUGAACUUGGUGGUGCUGCACUUGCCAACGGAGGCUCGUUAGACGAGAGUGCAGCCGAGGCUGUUGGGAUGACAGCCAAUCACGCCACUCGUGCCACUGUUGUCAACCAUGCAACGCCUGUCGUUUGUGCUUCUACUGCACUAGCUGCUUCUGGUGCUGUUGUGGGAGAGGGAAGGGGCGAUGCGGCAGGUGGGGCGAGGACGAGCGGUGCACACGCACGGGAAAGAGGUGAUGUGAGGGUGGGGGGUGGAGAGGUGGAAGGGGGUGUGCAGAGAGGUAUGGGUCGACGGAGUGGUGUGGCAAUGGUUGCAGGCUGUGAGGCGCGCAGGGGACGAGAGGGAGGUGAGGGGGGAGGUGAGGAGGGAGGUGGGAAAGGAGGUGAGGAGGGGAUUUGGAGUGGCCUCAAUAGAGGAGAGGGAGCUGGGGCUGCUGCAGCAGUGGUUGCAGGCUGUGAGGCACGCAGGGGACGAGAGGGGUUUAGGAAGGCAGUGGAAGAGGUGGUGAAAGUACAUGGAGGUGUCAUGAUGGGAGAGGAGGGAGUGGGGGAGGAGGUCAGGGGAGAGGAAUGGACAGUGCAGGAGCGGGAGGAGGGAGAGGAGGAGGGUAAUGAGGAUAUGAAGGAAGAGGGGGAGGAAGAAGAGGAAGGGGAGGAGAGAGGAGAUGAGGAAGGAGAGGAGACGGGGGAAGCGCAAGGGGAGGAGGGAGGGGAGGAGGUGCUUUGUGGGCAAGAGGACAUGGAUGAUGCGGAAACUGAGGAGGAGAGAGAGGAGGGAGAGGAGGAGGAGGGAGCGGAGCGAGGGGAAGAGUGGUGUGAGAAAGGGGAUGAGGAAGAGGAAAUGGGACAGGGGGACAUGUGGCAGCGACUAGAUGGGGUGGAAACUGGGGAGGGCAGGGAAGCGCGAGUGAGGCAUGGUGGGGAGGGCGAGGGGAGUAAGGGCGGGGAGGGUAAUGGGGGUGAAGAGGCGGAGGGUGAGGGGGGGGAGGGGGGGGAGGGUGAGGGGGGUGAAGGGGGGGAGCAGUCACCCGAACCACAGGGCGUUGUUGUGAACCUGAGAGGCAUCUUUGACUCCGUGAGCGAAGGGACAGGCGGUUCAGCAGGUGGUGUGGCAGGUGAGCGUGCUACAGCUGAGCGUGCUACAGCUGAGCGUGCUACAGCUGAGCGUGCUACAGCUGAGCGUGCUACAGCCGAGCGUGCUAGAGUGGUGAGUCCACUUCAGGCAAGCGGGCAAGGAAGUGUGGCUGCUGACGUGGCAGAUGCAGCCUGUGAUGUGGCUAGCGUGGCAGGUAGCCUGGCUGACGUGACAACUGCCGCAGGGGAUGGGGCUGCUCCAGUGCCUGAAAAUGUAUCGCAAGCCAAGGUUUACCACCACCACCACAACCAGCAGCAGCAGCAGCAGCAGCAGCAGCAGCAGCAGCAGCAGCAGCAGCAUCAGCAGCAGCCGGAGCAGCAGCAGCAGCAGCAGCAGGAGCAGGAGGAACAAGAGGAGCGAGCUGCUAAAACAGCAGCAGUACCUUCUCCAACCCAGCCGCAAUCACAGCCACUGCGCCUGAAUGGCAUGCACGCAGGCAUAGGCAUGGCGUUGGAUAUGGGUGGACUGAGCUGCAGCUCCGGUCGUGGUGCUGCCGUUGCUAACAAGCAUGCAGGGGGGAGCAGCUGUAGUGGCAGACCUGGGGGGAGUCUGGUGAGUAAUGGCAAGCAUGUGGAGAGGGGCAUUCAUACUGGCAGAUCAGAGAGGGUGCUGGUGUGCGGCGGCAAGUGUGCAGAGUCCAGUGGCCGUGGAGGGAAGCUCCAAGUGAGGCAUCUUCGGGAGGAGCAGAUUGGCAGCGGCAAUGGGGAGAAGGUGGGUGGUAUUCCUCAGAGUUCCAAUCCGGUGGAAAGGGAUGCAGAUGGCAGAGGGGACAAUGUGGAUACUCCUCAGGCCAGGUCGAUGCACAAGGAGGGUGGCGGCUGUGGUGAUGGCAAGGAUGCGAGGGAGGAGGUGGGACGGGGGGAUGAGGGCGGUGGUGUAAUGGGAGGAGGGACUGAUGAUGGUGCGAUGGGAGGGGGAAAUGACGAUGCAGUAGCUGGUGCUAGGGAGGCUUGUGGUGGUGCUGAGGGGGGUAAAAGUGGAGGGGGGGAUUGUGAGGGGAGGAACAGUGACAGGGGGAACACUGGAGGUGGAAAGAAUGAGGAUGAUGCUAUGUGUGAUACGGAUGUUGACAAGCCUGUUUGUCAUAAUGAUGAUUUGGAUAGUAGCAGCGAGGAUGGGGUUUGUGCUGCCAAAGGCAAGGAGAACGAGGAUGCUUGUAAGGGGGAUGGAGAUGAGGAUGGGCCGAUGGUCUCCUCGCUUCCUGAUUGGCUGCAGGGCGAUGUGGUCAUUGGCCACGUGGCACCCUCCCCAUUGGUCAAAUCGUUCCACCGGAGAAAGCCGGCUCUGGGGAAGGAGAACGUUGAGAAAGCGGAUCUUGAGACGGAGGUGUGUGCAAAGGGGUCGGUGAGGGGCGGGAGCAGUGGCAGGGGGAAGAGAGGGGGGCGGGAAAAGGGGAGAGGAGGAGGAAGCAGGGGACGGGGCAGAGGUGUGGAGAGGAGGAAGGAUGGGCUGCUGUCAAUGGCUGUAGAAGGCGGAGAGGAGGAGGGGCGGGAGGAGAGUGCAGGGAAGAGGGGGCGUGAGGAGAGGGAUGGGGGCAGGAAGAAGAGGAAGGGGAGCGAGCGACGAGAGGGAAAGAGGCAGAGGGAUGAGGAGGGUGUGGAUGGAAGAGAGGUGGAGGAAGGCGAGGUUCGGGUGGGUGAUAUGGAUGAAGGGGCGAGAUGCGGUGGAGAGGGAUGGGGGAGGUUGGAGGGCGGUGCUGCAGCUGGGGAAGUGGAGGUGCAUAGGGUUGGCGAGGAAAGGGAGAGGGAAAGAGAGCUGAGGACGAAACGCCGAGAGGAUCCCUUGAGAGGUGGGAAGCGUUGGAAAGAGGAGAGAACAGAACGAGGGAAGGCGUGUGGGAUGGACGAGGGGGAGGGAAAAGCUGGGAGAGAGCUGCAGCAGCAGGAGGAGGAGGAGCAGCAGCAGCAGCAGCAGCAGCAACAGCAACAGGGGGACGUAGACGCUGAAAGGAGCGAGGGGGGAUGGGAGGAAGAAUGUGAGAGGGAGAAGCAGCAGCAGCGGAGGGUUUUGAAGCGCCUCAAAACGGUAAAGCAGCAGCAAGAGGCAAAUGGAUAUGCAGAACGGAGGGAGGCCGAGGGAGAAGAGGUGAAGGAGAAAGGCAGGGGCGGUAGAGGCAAGGCAGAUAUUGCUGCUGCUGCUGCUGUUGCUGCUUCUGCUUCUGCUUCUGCUGCUGCAAAGCGGAGGAAAAGUGAGUCUGGGACGGCUGGAGAGACGCGGGUUGGGAAGAAGAAGUGUGUUGAGAGUGGCAAGGGUGCAGGAGGAGGGGAGAGGAAAGGACAAAGAGGCACAGGAAUCGGGUGUGAAGCGAGGAGGAGUGGAGAGAGAAUAGGAACUGACGAUGAGGAAGGUGUGGGGGAAGAGAGUGGUGAUGAGUUGGGUGCUGGGGGAGAGAGUGAGAAUGACGUUGUGGUGGUUGGUGCAGAGGAGAGUGAUGAUGAGGCUGUGAUGGUGCAUGGGGAUGUGGAGGACGAGAAGCCGGAUAUGAAUGCACGCAAAAACGCACCUGCUGCUCCUGCUGUUAAGGGGACUGAUGUGUGUCCACCGACUGAGGCUGCUGGGACUGGUAGGAAGAGGGGGCGCAAGCAUGCAGUGGAGGGCAGUGGUAGGGGUGUGAAGGGCAGAGGGAGGAAGAGAGUGAGUGGGAGCACAGAUGGAGACGAAGAGGAGAGUGCAGAGGAGAAAGAUGCACGCAGGAGGGGGGGUGCUUCUACUGCUAAACCUGCACUAAGAUCCAAAGCUGCCGCUACUGCCAAAACCACUGCCACUGCCAAACCUACUGAUAAUGCCAUACCUGCUGCUACUGCCAAACCUAAUGAUACUGCCAAGCCUACUGCUACUGCCAAACCAGCUCCCACUGCCAAGCCCACUGCUACCAAAGCCCGCACUGCUUCCCUGACGCCCAUCACGCGGUUUUUCCAGCCAAUAAGCAGCUCCAGCCCCAGUGGCAGCGGUGGUGGUGCUGCUGGUGGUGGUGCUGGUGCUGGUGGUAGCAUUGGUGGUCGUGCCAGCAGCAAGAGCUGCAGCCAGGCAGACGGGCAGAAACGAGACGCUGUGGCAGCAACCAAAGGGGGGGGCGAGCAGGGCGAGGCAGAGGGCAGUGGAGACAAGGGAGGUGCGGAGAUGAGCAUGUGGGGGGGCGGAGAACGGUGGUUCCUGCUGGGGGGGUCUUCACGCAGUGAAGGGCAACUGAGGGCCAUUGUCACUAAGCUGGGCGGCCGCGUGUGUGGCGAGGCAGGGAGCGCUGCUGCUGAUGCUGCCGCUGGUGGUGGUGCUGGUGGUAAGGGUGGCAAGGGCGGGAAGGGGGGGCGGAAGGGCGAGAAGGGGGAGGGAGCGGAGCUGCAGUGGCACCCCAAGGCCACGCAUGUCAUCCUGCCCCCGCCGCUGAAGCGCACUGAGAAGCUCAUUGCUGCCCUGGCUGCUGGCCGGUGGUGGCACCCCAACGCCACGCAUGUCCUGUCCCCGCUGCUGAAGCGCACUGAAAAGCUCAUUGCUGCCCUGGCUGCCGGACGGUGGGUGCUCCAAUCAUACUACCUCACAGCGAGUGCAGCAGCAGGCCAUUUCCUCCCAGAGGGCCCGUGGGUGCUCACACCACACUACCUCACAGCCAGCGCCACAGCGGGCCAUUUCCUCCCCGAGGGCCCAUUUGAGUGGCGGGGCGAGGGCAGCAGCAACAGGGAUGGCUUCAACAAGCCCUCGCACUCUCAUACCACCUCCCCAUCUCCCUUCCACCCACCCCAGGUGGGUGCUCACACCAGACUACCUCACAGCCAGCGCUGCAGCGGGCCAUUUCCUCCCGAGGGCCCCUAUGAGUGGGCGGUGAGGGACUAUCUCACAGCCAGCGCCACAGCGGGUCAUUUCCUCCCGGAGGGCCCGUUUGAGUGGCGGGGCGAGGGCAGCAACAGGGAUGGCACGGUGGAGCUGGCAGCGCCUGGCAAGUGGCGUCAGCAGUGCGACAGGAAUGGGGGCCGAGGGGCGUUUCAUGCUGUGCGGGUGCUGCUGGUGCCGCCAUCUGACAGCCCCUCCUCUAUGCAACAGGGAUGGCACAGUGGAACUCGCAGCGCCUGGCAAAUGGUGCCAGCAGUGCAGCAGGAAUGGGGGGAGAGGGGCGUUUCACGGGGCACGGGUGCUGCUGGUGCCUCCCCCAGAUGGCCCUUCCUCUAUGGUGCGUGGCACGUGUGUGUGAAGGGAGAUGCUGCUAGAGUGGACGUGCUGCACCGCAUUCUCACAGCAGGGGGGGCGGACGUGACUCGAGCCUCAGAGCCCUGUGUGGCGGCGGCUCUCACGCCGCAGUUUGACUUCAUUGUGCUCAAGCCAGGGGCUGCUGGUGGUGCUGCUGGAGGUGCUGCUGGUGCUUCUGGAGGUGCUGCUGGUGGUGCUGCUGGAGGUGCUGCUGGUGCUGGAGCUGCUGGAGGUGCUGCUGGUGCUUCUGGAGGUGUUGCUGGUGCUGGAGCUGCUGGAGGUGCUGCUGGUGCUUCUGGAGGUGCUGCUGGUGGUGCUGCUGGAGGUGCUGCUGGUGCUGGAGCUGCUGGAGGUGCUGCUGGUGCUUCUGGAGGUGCCGCUGGUGUUGGAGCUGCUGGAGGUGCUGCUGGUGCUGGAGCUUCUGGAGUCUGA